GAUUCUGCCGCCUUUUUGUUUUGUUUUGCCUGAAAAUAAAUUUGUUUUGUUUUAUGUUAACAAUAAAAAUAAUUUCUAACGAAGUACAUUUCAAUCAAUCAGAAAAAUUAAACUUGUUCAAUUUCAAUGGUAUAAAAUUCAUUAGAUAUUAUGGAUGACAGCCGGUACAAUACAGGUCUUACUGGUAAUCAAGGAUCUCUAAUUAACCAUAAAGCAGGCAGAUUUAUAUGUCGUAUCUGCAAUAAGCGAUUUACAAAACCAUCUCUUCUACGCCGCCAUGAAGUUGUGCAUUUGCCAGAUAAACCCUUUGAGUGCUCGGAAUGUCACAAGCGCUUUUCACAAACUUCCUCAAUGCGACGGCACUAUUUAGAGAAACACGAUUUAAAUUUAAAGCGAUUCCAAUGCAAUAAAUGUCCACUCAGAAGUCAAACUUUUUUCAAAACAGCUUUGCUCAAAAAAGUAAUUUACGUUUACAUGCUGAAAAGGUGCAUCCGUCAAAAACAUUAGAACAUGCAGAAAGCUACGCUUGCGACCGUUGUCCAUCUGUGUAUGGGAACAAACAAAAACUUAGCAGACACAUAAAUUUGGUGCACAAGGAUGGCAACAAAUCUCAAAUUGCUUUUGAUAAACUAGAAGAAGAAGAUGAUUUGGCAUUAACUCAAAGCGUUUUGGAACAGUUGAAAACAUUUCAAAUGGAAAUGAAUUCCUUAGAAAUGCCAGUUUUGGAAGUUGAAGAGAAUUUAGAUACUACAAACACAAAUGUUUUACACAACCACAAAGAUUUUAGUAAAGUGCCAACACAGCAACAAGAAGACAAACGUACAAUCGAUGAGGUGCAACUUAAAGAUCAUUUAAAUGCACAUGGCAUUGAAUGCUACCUGAGUGUGCAGCGCACUGUAAGGAAAGAUGGAUAUGCUGUAUAUAUAUGUGAAUUUUGCGCUAAAGAAUUUCGAAAACCAUACGAUUACAUAAGACACCGACGCGUGCAUACAAGCGAGCGGCCCUACAACUGUGGAUUGUGUGAGCGUGCAUUCAGCACCAAAUCGAAACUGCAGGAGCAUAUAAAGAUACAUCGUUUAGAUGAGCAGCAAGGCAUACUGGCAAAAUAUUAUCCCUGCGCAGUUUGUAGUAAAGGAUUUAGUUCACUGCGAUUGCUGGACAAACAUAUGAGCAACCACGAGCAAAUUUGUCAAGUCGCAUAUAAAUGCAAAAUAUGCGAAGAAAUGUUCAAAUGCAGCAUCGCACUUACUUACCACAAACAUAAACAAGUUGAUGCGGACUCUGAAUUUUUGCAACAACUAUUACCGACACCUAAAAUCUGUACAAAUGCUAAUAACACUGUAAGCAGCUGCGAAAUACCAACUUCUUCUGCUGCAGAUUGCAUAACAGCAACAGCAAAUGUUUUGCAACACGUACGACGUACGCGUACACGAUGUACGGUAUCUAAAUGGAAAUGCAUUACAUGCGAAAGACAUUUUUCAAAUUCCUCCAUACUAAGUAAUCACCGCCGCAUAUAUCAUGGCAUUUAUAACCGUAAACGACGCAUUUCCGCUUUGGCUGUUCUUCGUUGCUUCAAAUGCACCUAUUGCGCGCGUGACUUUGAAACUAAAGCGCGUUGUAAAGCACACAUGUUGACACACUUGAAACGUUUACAAAACACAGAAAAAUCCAAUCAGUCACCGAAUGAAAGAAAUAUAGUUAAUGCCUUAGUGUUUGUAUCGAGCGCAACAAAUCCUGCCUCCGUUAAAAUUGUGGAAUUUAAAGUAAUAACAAAAAGUCGUGCAACAAAGGUGAAACAUAUAAUUGAAAAGCACGCGAAAAAUUUACCGCUACUUCAUAAAUGUCAUAUUUGUGCGUGUCAAUUCCGUAAACAAUGCGAUUUAAAACGUCAUUUAGUUGUGCAUACAGGUGAGCGUUUACAGAAAUGUACCAAAUGUAAUAAAAGCUUUAGUUUGAGUAGUACAUUGAAGCAGCAUAUGCUAACACACAACGCAGAGCGUGCAAAACACAUUUGUAUCGUUUGUGCGAAAACUUAUUUAACUAAGAAGGCGCUCAAUGUGCAUUUGCGGCUGCAUACCGGUGUGCAGCCGUUUCAAUGUGAACACUGUGAGCUCGAAUUCCGCACUUCUGGCCAGAGAAUCGCACAUUUAAAAGUGAAACAUGGUAUACAGAAAUUGAAACCGACCAAUAAAAAAUAAAGCGUACUAUAGUUCAUUGUAUGCAUAUUAUUUUGAUUUCACUGCUGUAUAAUAUAAUGCAAUAUAUCAAACUCAAAUAAUUUCAUUGUUAUAUGGAAAAUUAAUUUUUUUUACAAGUCUUACAAUAGUCUAUACUUUUAACGCUAAAGUAUCUAUUAAAGUAGCUAAAACAUUCUGUUGCACAAAUAUUUUAGGUUAAAUAUCAAAA